AUGGCAAAGGAGAUGCGAGCAAUGCUCAACUCUCUCUUUCAAUUGCUGCUUGCUAAUAGUCAGGCGGCGGAAGUCUCAAACAGCCUUACUCACGAGGCGCGUGUAUAUAUCCACGUCACCAUGGCUAACCACUUUCCCUUGCUCUUGUUCUGCAAAGGGGGAAGAUGGAAGAUUAACAUUAUGAUUACACAAGCCUACUCUGAAUUCUGGACAAACCAUGGUCACAAAGCCAUCAAGAAGGAACCUGCUGACGUAGAUCUGGGUAUCAUGAUAUCAAGAGUUGCUGUGAAACAGGAGUGGCAUACUAACAAUGCAGCUGCCGGCAAUGUAAAUGAAGGGCAAAAUAAGAAAAAGGCUCAACUGGCAAAGUCAACACCAGCAACUGCCUCUCUAACGAUAGCGCAUGCAUCCAUUACACAUCCACCAUUGCAUGCACGCAUGGCACUAACUAUGCCUGCUAUAGUCUCGCCAACCUGUUGCAUCGCGUUAUCACCACUUGCCUUAUCCCUUAUACUCAAAAUGACCACUCUUACACAACCACAGACUGCACAGGAGAUCACACAAGUGGACACUGCACUAUUGCUGCCACAAAUGAGCAUGCCUAUGACUGGACAGAUGCUCAUGAUCAAGGCCGUUGUUAGGACUGCAUCCUAA